UAAUUUAAUUGGUUUACGUGUAAGUUAUAGCGUUUACAAAUGGCGGACUAUAUACUGGAAUUUUUAUUUUUUUAUUUUUGCUAGUAAUGGCAGUGAUCAGUGACUUAUAGCGGGACUGCGGGCAUUCUGACACUGGAGGGAACUGACUUGGUGUCACUGACAUCCCCAGUGACACCAAUACAGUGAUCAGUGCAAAAAAAAAGCACUGACACUUAACUAAUGGCGCUGGGCAGGAAGGGGUUAACAUGCAGGGCGAUCAAAGGGUUAACUGUGUGCUCUCUGUGUGUGUGCUUCACUGUAAUCACACUGCUUUGGAUAGCUGUGCUGUGCACAGCCAUCCAAAGAAGUCUGCAUGAGCUGACAGGGAGAACU